AUGACUACGCUCUUUUUAGGCACCAAUGCUGGUUCUUUACUGGCUGAAAGAUGGGCACCAGAGCUUCCUACAUGUACAAAUACUACAGAUUUUGUUUACGCAGGCUGUUUCAUAGAUCCAAGCUCCCCAAGUGCCUUGUUAUUCAGGACCGAUCUCAACAGUCAAAACAUGACAGUUGAAAUAUGUGUUGAUUUCUGUAAAGGCAAUGGAUAUAAAUAUGCGGGGUUAGAAUAUUAUGGUGAAUGCUUUUGCGGUGCUUCUGUUGGUGGCCCACAAACAUCCGAAUCAAAUUGUUCUUUCCCAUGUACUGGAGAUAAUACUGAAUCGUGUGGUGGCAAUGAUAUUCUCUCAGUAUACCAAGAUACCACAUUCCCAACUGUCAAUAGUACAACCAUUUCUGAUUACCAACCAAUGGGAUGUUAUUCCGAUCUCGGGCCCAACGGUCGUACUCUUGCAUGGAAACAAGACCAAAUUCCCGACGCUGAUUUAACAAUCGAAGCUUGUCUUCAUGCAUGCAAAGAAGGAGGGUAUGCUUUUGCUGGAGUUGAAUACUCACAAGAAUGUUAUUGUGGCGUUGUACUUGGUAACGGAACCGCAAAAGUUGAUGAGUCAAAUUGUCAAAUGACCUGUAAUGGUAAUACCACCGAGUUAUGUGGUGGUGCAGCAAAUAUAUACCUUUACGUCGCCGAGGACUUGCUAUCAACGGAUCCUUGCAAUGGUAAUCCAGGUGGCCCAGUGUCAUCUUCUUCCACCAGCCUAUCUCCUUCAUCUAAUUCGGCUUCUGCUUCUGCUCCAGUAUCCUCAUCAACUGGAACAACUAUUACUUCAACUUUGAGUUCAUCCAGCUCGAGUUCUUCUUCUUCUUCGUCAAGUGAUACUAGUUCAUCUUCAGCAGCUUCUACACCACAUUAUUCUCCACCGCCAUAUACUCCUCCGCCUUAUACACCACCUCCUUACUCUUCGGCCCCGGUAUCCGCAACUACCUAUUCGUCGGCACCAGUCUCGUCCUCUUCCUCACUGGCUUCUUCUGCACCAGAAUCCUCAUCGUCGUCGGUUUCAACAGCUUAUCCGUCGUCAUCGUCAACGUUGCUUUCCCCUUCCCCGCCUUCUUCCUCGUCAACUCCCUCAAGUUCCGCUUCAUCGUCGUAUUCAUCCGCUUCAGCUUCAGCUUCUUCCUCUUCAUCUCCAGUCUCAUCUGCUCCUUCAUCUUCGGCUUCUUCCUCGUCGCCCGCCUCGUCAUCGUCGUCCGUUUCAUCAGCUGCUCUAACCCCGUCUUCCACGCCUGUUUCUCCACCAUAUUCCUCAUCACCACCGACCACAUAUUCGGCUCCUGCAUCUUCUUCCUCGAUCUCGCCUCCUUCAUCUACUCCUCCGUCGUCAUCGUCAUCAAUCCCAGCUACUCUUCCAUCAUCAUCGCAAGCCUCAACAGCAGGACCAACUUCCCCAACAUUAUCUUCCUCUACAAUUUCUUCCACCAUUUCUUCUCUUUCUUCACCUUCUACUAUUCCUCAAUCUUUGACCACAAUAUAUCCUUCAUCUUCAGUAUCUUCAGCUGCUCCAAUAUCCUCGACAACUCCGAUUUCACCAUCGACUUCCAUAUCAUCCAUCCAACCAUCCACUACUACCUCUCCGACUACAUCAAAAACCAGCGCUACAAUAUGCACUACCACUAUUAUUACAAGUCCAACUCCAACCUGCGAAUAUAAAGUUGGAAACUGGUGUUCUAAUCCUCUCCCUCCCUUCACCGAUCAAAAUUCUUGUUUGGCUGCUGCAAACACUUGUCUCGUACAAUUAACAUCCUGUCUUCUGUCUGCUGGGUUCCCUGGAUCUCUCCAAUGUUUACAAUUUUCCUCUUGGUGUCAGGAAAUUGAAUCUUAUUGUGGGAGCUAUUGUCCUGGAUCUGCCUGUUCAAAUACUGGAUGUAAAUCCAGACAUCCUCCCGCAGGCUAUACGCCCCCAGUCAUCAGUGUAAAAACAAGUAUCUUCACUUGUCCCACUACUAUUCAAACUUCAUCAUCCAAGCCUACAUCCACUACUUCAAUCGCUCCUCUUCCUACAUGCAACAACAUCUGCGUUCAACCUAAUAAUCCUUCGCAAGGAUACAGUUCCUAUUCUCCUGUUGGGUCAAUCCCCCUUCCAUGCUAUACAUGCAACAAUGUCCAGCCAGAUUAUAACUCAGGAUACCCAUUUAAACUGUAUACAGCCAGAAUCUCAGAAGAUAGUCCCAGUUACCAAAGACCGGACUGUGAGCAAGGAUGUCAAGAUGCUUGUGACGCACAAUAUGAAAGUUGUGCGGGUACUUAUGCUCAGGGUUGUGGAUAUGGAGGUGGUGGAGGGGUUGAUACGUAUGCAAGUGCAUUGGUGAAAUGUGUGCAACAGAAGGCGGAUUGUUAUAUUGUUAAUAAGGGGGUAGGAGGUGAGGGGAGAUGUGGGAGUUAUGGAGAGGGGUAUUAG